AUGCUGAGAGAUGCCCCGGACUGGGAGGACAAUCCGAACCUGUCCAUUUCGACCUUCUCGGAACUGCCUUCAAAGAAUUUCGGAGUGAACCAGCAUAUGGUAAUUAAUGAAGAGUUUAAAGAGGCAUUGCGGCAGAUACUCUGGAAAUUUCGUGCUCCGAUUAGGUAUGCCUUUGCUUAUGGCUCAGGCGUGUUUGCGCAAACAUCCGUCCCAGGAAAUGAGCCCGGUCACCCGUCGCCACCUCAAGCGAUUCGGAAUGUUCAGCAAGGAAAGGGCAAGAUGAUAGAUUUCAUUUUUGGCGUCUCUCAUAGUCAGCAUUGGCAUUCUCUGAACCUACAGGAGCACCGAGACCACUAUUCGGCACUUGGGUCUCUCGGGUCCUAUGCAGUUUCUCAGGUACAAGAUAAUUGGGGUGCUGGGGUCUACUUUAACCCUUUUGUGACUGUCAAUGGCACAUUGAUCAAAUAUGGCGUCGUCAAUAUUGAUACCUUGUGCAAAGACCUCAGCCAAUGGGAUACUAUGUAUCUCGCAGGUCGGUUGCAAAAACCAGUGAAAAUCCUUCGCGAUCACCCAAGUGUGCGACUAGCGAACCAAGUCAACCUGAUAUCAGCUUUGCGUCUUGCACUUCUCUUAUUGCCGCAAGAAUUCACAGAAUACCAACUUUAUACGACCAUUGCGGGAUUAAGCUACAUGGGCGACCCACGGAUGACUGUCUCUGCGGAAGAUCCUGGAAAAGUCAAUAAUAUUGUUUCUGGUCAAAUGGACUAUUUCCGUCGUCUGUAUGCGCCACUGAUUGAGAAUUUGCCUAAUUGCGACUUUAACGACCCUCGCUGCACCGAGUCAGACUGGAUCGAUGACCCAGAGGCCAACGUGAAGCUCAACCAGGACAUGGAUCCUGUGAAAAGAGGAAACAUGGUCCGUCGACUGCCGAAAUCGUUCAGGGAAAGAUUAUACUUCCAAUUCCAAGGGCGGUAUCAGAUUCCACGAGCCGAAUUUCUCAAGAUGAUGAAGAGAACCAACGACGAAGAUCCAGAGCGCAUCCACCGACGACAGGGCGGUCCUUUUGAGCAGCGCAUUGCUGCCGAUGAGUCGCUCAAGCAAGAGCUCCAGGAAGCUGUCACAAAAACCAUUCGCUGGCCAGCGACGAUGCAAACAGUGAAGAGCGCACUGACUGCCGGUGCCGGUAGGGCAUGGACUUAUGUGCGCGAGAAGCGAAAGAAACAUGCCGAUUCCACAAAAAAGAAGAGCUCAGAGCCAGGCCCGAAAAAGCCUACGACACAAUCAUUAAAAUCCUCUGACUCGCCGGAGCCUAAGAAGGGUUAA